AUGCAAGUAUGCAGUUUUAGUUCUAUUUACCCAAACUCAGUCGUGCAUCCAGAAGUCAAAAGUACUUUCAGAGACUGCACAGUUUUUACUCCAAGGGGUUUCCUUUUCUUUGACCUUGCCUUCGCUAGGUUCAAGCGAGCCUUCUUGCCCUACGACCCUGAUGCAGUGGAGGCUGCUGGCGGGGUGGAGCGGGUCAGCGCAAGGCGGAAGGCUUUGGGCAUCUCCAUCGAGAAUCCUGCGGGCGAGGACACGACGGCGCCUCCUUUGCAGAAGCUGACGGAGCUGCCGCUCCCCAACUGGCUGGCGGAGGCGAUCCGCUGGGAGCAGCUUGAUGAGGCGGCCACAGCGUCAGCGAUACAGGCCCAGCUCCUGCCGAUCGUUUUGGCAGGUGAGAAUGCCAUCCUGGUCUCCGAAGCGAAGUCGGGCGCGGAGGCCUUUGUGUACCUGAUGCUGGCGUCCCUGCAGGUGUCUGACCAGGACCCCUUGACAGAGGAGGAGCCCGGGCCUAUAGCGUUGGUCUUGGCCGACACCCAGGACACCUCAGCGAGCAUUGCGGACGCAGCGAAGAAGCUGUUUCAGUACUCGGAUGGAGAGACCACAGGUGUCAAGAGGGCGGCAAACCUGUCGGGUGGGGGGUCUCGUGCAGAGAAGCUACGGGAGAUGACCGGUGAAGGCGCCCAUCUGGUGGUCGGCACGCCCAAGCGCAUCCACGAUCUGGCCACCAAGUACCAGGUGUCCUUGCUGAGGGUGACCCUGCUGGUGCUGGAUGGGCUGGACUACAUGGAGCCCGAGGCCUUGCGCGAACUCUCGUCCUGGAUCCGGCCGGAGCGGCAAACACUGAUGUUCUGCAACAGCUGGACGCCGGAACUCCACGAACUGGCCGGCGAGCUCUGCUUGGCAGGGGGUCUCCCGGUGAAGGUCACCGUGAAGCCUGCAGGUUGA